AUGGCUCCUACAAAGGUGGACAAACCAAAAAAGGCUGAUCCCAAAGCUCAGGCCUUGAAGACAGCCAAGGCUGUGAAGUCAGGUGGCCAAGUGAUUAAGAAGAAAGCAAAGAAGAUCAGAACAACUGUCACAUUUCACCGGCCAAAGACACUAUCAAAGGAAAGGAACCCCAAGUAUCCUCGCAUUAGUGCAACACCAAGAAACAAGUUGGACCACUAUCAAAUACUUAAGUUUCCUCUAACUACUGAGUCUGCAAUGAAGAAAAUUGAAGAUAACAAUACACUUGUUUUUAUUGUUGACCUCCGUGCUGACAAAAAGAAAAUUAAAGAUGCUGUGAAGAAAAUGUAUGACAUUCAGGCCAAGAAAGUGAACACUUUGAUCAGGCCUGAUGGUACGAAGAAAGCCUAUGUUCGGUUGACUCCAGAUUAUGAUGCACUGGAUGUUGCCAACAAAAUCGGUAUCAUUUAA